AGGAUAAGGCCCACCGGCUGUCAGAACCAACGGACAGGACAUGUCGCAGCUAAGUAAGAAUUUGGGUGACGCCAGUCCCCCAGCGGAGGCUCCCAAACCUCCGGUCUAUAGCCGCCCCACGGUUCUGAUGCGGGCUCCGCCCGCCUCCUCCCGGGCUCCGCCGGUCCCCUGGGACCCACCUCCGAUUGAUUUGCAGGCUUCACUGGCCGCUUGGCAGGCACCGCAACCUGCCUGGGAGGGCCCGCAGGGCCAGCCGCCUACCCCUGUGGCUGCGAUGGCCCAGCCGCCGGCCCUGGGGGGCCCGCUGGUCCAGGCUGCCCCUCUGGGAGGGCCACUGGGCAAGCCCCCGACUCCCGGGGUCCUGAUGAUCCAUCCUCCCCCUCCGGGGGCCCCGAUAGCACAGCCUCCGACUCCGGGGGUCCUGAUGAUGCACCCUUCGGCUCCCGGGGGGGCCUUGGCUCAUCCUGCCCCUCCGGGGACCCCGAUGGCCCAUCCUGCCCCUCCGGGGACCCCGAUGGCCCAUCCUGCUCCUCCCGGGACCCCGAUGGCGCAUCCUGCUCCUCCGGGGACCCCGAUGGUGCAUCCAGCCGCUCCAGGGACGCCGAUGGCUCAUCCUCCCCCUCCGGGGACACCGAUGGCACAUCCUGCUCCUCCGGGGACACCAAUGGCCCAGCCUUCAGCUCCGGGAGUCCUGAUGGCCCAGCAGCUGACUCCGGGGGUCCUGAUGGUCCAGCCUACUGCUCCGGGAGCUGCGAUGGCCCAGCCUCCACCCCCAGCAGCCUUGCUAGCACAGCCUCCACCUCCGGGAGCUGCGCUGGCCAAGCCUCCAGGUCCUGGCGUCCUGAUGAUCCAUCCUUCAGGGUCGAGAGCUCCCAUCAACCAGCCUGCAGCUUCGCCAGCCCCGAUGGCACAGCCGACGGCCCCACCUGCGCAGCCCCUGGCUUCCUGGUCCCCACAGGCUCAGCCUCUGAUUCUGCAAAUCCAGUCCCAGGUUAUAAGGGCUCCUGCGCAGGUUCCCCAGAGCCCGCAGGCCCCGUCAGCCCAGCUGGCCACACCCCCGGGCUGGCAGGGCACCUCGCCGGGCUGGCAGGGCGCUGCGCAGGGCUGGCAGGCCACGCCCCUGGCCUGGCAGGCUGCACAGGUCACCUGGCAGGCUCCGACCAUCGCCUGGCAGGCGCAGCCGUCCGGGCGCCAGGGUCCAGCGCCCAUCCGCUCGGGCCCACCACCCAUCCGCCCGGGGGCCCCAGCAGCGCGCCAGGGGCCACCCCAAAUCCGCCAGGCACCGCCGCUGAUCCGCCAGUCGCCGCCGCCUAUCCGACCUGCCCCACAGGUGCUGACCACGCCACCUCCGCUCUGGCAGGCCCUGCCGCCCCCGCCACCUCUGCGGCAGGCCCCUCAGGCUCGGCUGCCCACCCCGCAGCUGCGGGCGGCCCCCCAGAUGCGAGCGGCCCCGCAGGUCCGGGCGGCCCCACAGAUGCCCACGGCCCCACCGAUGCCCACGGCCCCUCUGGCGACGCAGAUGCCCUCGGCACCUCCCGCUGGCCCGCAGGUGCCCCAGUCUGCGCUGUCGGCCGCGCUGUCGGCCCAGCAGGCAGUGCACUGCCCGCCCAUCAUCUGGCAGGCCCCCAAGGGUCAAGCCCCAGUGCCACAGGAGAUGGCCACCUCGAUGGAGUUCCAGGAGGUGCAGCAAGCCCAGGCGCUGGCCUGGCAGGCCCCCAAGGCCGCUGGGCACUUCUGGCAGCCCCUGGCCACCCAGGAGGCUCAGAGGCAGGGCCUUCCUCUGGUCCAGGCAGAGCAGCCCUUUCAGGGGGUCCCAGCCUCCCAAAAGGCUCUGCAGAUGCAGCUAUCCGCCCAGCAGGCCCAGUCCGCGGGCCCGCAAGCAGAGCUGCCCACCUUACACCUCCAGCCUCCCUGGCAGGGGCCCCCUGUCGCCUUGCAGGGCCAGCCUGGAGCCCCCUUAGCGGCGGCAAAUUUUCCCGUGGGCUCUGCUAAAUCACUGAUGACUGCGUCAGGAGAACCCAGAGCCUCUUCCAUGGACCGCAGAACCUCGUCCAAGGAGCGCAGGGCCCCGUCCAAGGAGCGCAGGGCUCCUUCCAAGGACCGCACCAUCUUCGCCGCCACUUUCUGCGCCCCCAAGGUCGCGUCCGGGGCCCGAGCGCACCUGCCCACUGCCUGGAAAAACUUGCCGACCACACCGGAGACCUACACUGCCGCCUCGAGGGGCUUCCCUGCUACCUCCCAGCUCCAGCCUGCCUCGUCGAAUGCCUUCAUGGGCCCGUCUGCCGUCCUGGAGACCCCGAAGUCACUGCCACUGGCUCCGAAGGAUCCCUUCGCCUAUGUGGAGGCCCUGCCGGGUGUCCCGUGGGUGCCGCAGCCCACUGCCAGCAUGCCCAGGGUGCCCAAGGCAGCGCCCACCAUGCUGAUGGCCACGGCGGCUGCUCCCCAGGCCAUAGCCACCACCCAAGAGGCCUCGAAGACCCCCGACGAGCCGCCGCGCCGCUCCGGCAAAGCCACCCGGAAGAAGAAGCACCUGAACACCGAAGAGGACGCCGGCCGGAUGCUGGGCCUGCUCGACUGGCAGGCCCCCAGGCUCUGGGAAAACAUGAACUUGAAUGACUGGCAGGUGCAAAACCCUUUCCAGGUCCUGGGUGACUGGCAGGACCCAAACACUGCCUAUGGCCUGAGUGGCUGGGAGGGCCCAAGCACCUCUAGGGUCCUCAGUGGCUGGGAGGGACCGGGCACGUCCUGGGCCCUGAGUGCCUGGGAGGGGCCCGGCACCUCCAGGGCCCUGGGUCUCUGGGAAAGCCUGGGCAGUCCCCAGCCUUUCAUCCUCUCUGAGUUCCCAGGUCUCUCUCUGGGCUUCGGGGCCUGCCUGGGGGACCCCAAGCUGGAGACCGAGCCCUUGUCUCCCUUGGAUGAGAGAGCCAAUGCUUUGGUGCAGUUUCUCUUGGUCAAGGACCGAGCCAAGGUGCCUGUCAGGCGCUCAGAGAUGGUGAAGUUCAUCAUCCGUGAAUACAAAGAUGAGUGCCUAGAGAUCAUUAGACGUGCCAACCACAAGCUCCAGUGUAUCUUUGGUUAUCAGUUGAAGGAGAUUGACCCCCAGACCCACUCUUACAUUAUCAUCAACAAGCUGGGGCGUUAUCGGGGGGAGGCGGGGCCUUCCUACCUAGACACCCCCAAGUUCGGCCUCCUGAUGGUGGUCCUGAGCCUGAUCUUUAUGAAGGGCAACUGUGUGAGGGAGGAGCUGAUCUUUAACAUGCUGUACAAGCUGGGGGUGGACGUCCGGGAGACCCACGGUCUCUUCGGGAACGCCAAGAAGCUCAUCACCGAAGUGUUUGUCAGGCAGAAGUACCUAGAGUACAGGCGGGUCCCCAAUACCGAGCCCGCACGGUACGAGUUCCUCUGGGGGCCCCGAGCGUUCCUCGAAACCAGCAAGAUGCUCGUCCUGAGGUUCCUGGCCAGGCUCCAUAAGAAAGAUCCUGAGUGCUGGCCCUUCCAGUACUUCGAGGCCCUGGCAGAGUGUGAGGCCGAAGACUGGGAGGAAGAUGAGUCAGACCCCGAUGAUAAAGCCGGGGGCCCCCCCAGCAGCCCCCCUCCCCGCUAA